AUUCAAAGCUCAAUUUGAAGCGUUUGACUAUAGUUAGAGAGUUAAAAUGUCUAAAACUAUCUUCACAAUAUUCAUGUUUUUGGUGGCUACAGUCCAUGGAAAAAAAAUGGUGCCUUGUUUUUUCGUAUUUGGAGACUCCCUUGUUGAUAACGGAAAUAACAAUGACCGAGACACCGUUGCAAAUGCCAACUUCCUUCCGUACGGGAUUGAUUAUCCCAACGGACCAACGGGCAGAUUUACGAAUGGUCGAAAUGUAGCAGAUUUCAUAGCGGAGGCAUUAGGCUUCGCCGAUCACAUCCCAUCGUUUGCAACGGCUAAUGGUGAUGACGCCGUUGUAAACGGAACAAACUAUGCAUCUGGAUCAGCAGGGAUUCUCAGUGAAACUGGAAAGGAAUUUGGUGAUGUGAUCAGCUUUGAUGAGCAAUUGCAAAAUCAUCAAACCACAAUAGCAAGAAUCACUUCUAUGUUAGGAAGUUCCCGUGCUGCGAAGAAGCAUCUCGGGCAGUGCAUAUACUAUGUCGGAAUGGGGAGCAACGACUACGCGGCCUACACUAUGAACCCAACCCGACCAUCACCGGACCAGUAUGCGUCGCUACUAAUUGAUAACUAUUCUCUUCAGCUAAGGAAGUUGUACGGAUACGGAGCGAGAAAGGUGGCGGUGUUUGGAUUGGGGUCGAUAGGGUGCGUUCCGGCCGCAUACUAUAUGUAUGGGACGUUAUGUAUGUCGGCAACCAAAACGACGUCGGGUGUGUUCAACACGAAGCUAAGAUCACUAAUCAAUCUUCUAAACCAAGAUUUAGUUGGUGCCAAGUUUACAUAUAUCAACACGUUUGGGAUUGCAGCUUCUAAGAAUUCAAGCUUCGAGUAUCCAAAUCUGGAAUGUUGCACGGUGACUCCAGGAGGAACAUGCGUUCCACUAGGUAUAGUUUGUCCUGACAGAGCAUGUUUUGCCUACUUUGAUGGGUUCCACCCGACCGAGGCUGCAGCCGCGGUCUUGGCCAAGCGUGCGUUUGCGGCUCGCUCACCUUCAGAUGCUCAUCCCUUUGAUAUUCAACACCUCGUCCACGCGAAGUAAAUAGUAAAAUUGAUAGGUGUGUUUGGUACAUCAGAUUUAGAGGGGCUAUAAAUCUAAAUGUAAGUCAAUAAUUACAUGAUACCAAAGGCACCCUUAUAAUACUACUUACAUUAUGUUAUUAUAAAGUUAUAUUCUUUUUGUUA